GUCAAUAAGAAUCUAAAUCUGUCGAGAUGGUCAUGGCGGAGGGCACAGCUGUUCUGAGGAGGAAUAGACCAGGCACCAAGGCGAAGGAUUUCUAUAACUGGCCAGAUGAGUCUUUUGAAGAGAUGGACAGCACCCUGGCUGUACAACAGUAUAUUCAGCAGAACAUUCGUUCAGAUUGUUCAAACAUAGAGAAGAUCAUGGAGCCCCCAGAGGGCCAGGAUGAAGGGGUUUGGAAAUACGAACAUCUGAGACAGUUCUGUUUGGAGCUCAAUGGCUUGGCAGUUAAAUUGCAGAAUGAGUGUCAUCCGGACACGUGUACCCAGAUGACAGCCACUGAGCAGUGGAUCUUUCUGUGUGCUGCUCAUAAAACUCCCAAAGAGUGCCCUGCCAUCGACUACACAAGGCACACCCUUGAUGGAGCUGCAUGUCUUCUCAACAGCAACAAGUAUUUUCCCAGCCGCGUCAGCAUUAAGGAUUCAUCCGUGGCCAAACUGGGCUCUGUUUGCCGUCGCAUCUAUAGGAUCUUUUCCCAUGCUUACUUUCACCAUCGCCAGAUUUUUGACAAGUAUGAGAACGAGACUUUCUUGUGUCACCGUUUCACUCGGUUUGUGAUGAAGUACAAUCUCAUGUCUAAGGACAAUCUCAUUGUGCCCAUCCUGGAAGAGGAGGUCCAGAGUGCCACUGCAGGUGAAAGUGAUGCCUGAGCCUAUAACCUAUAGCAUCCACACAGCGGUGGCUUGUCAUUGAUAACUUUUACACUCACUUAUGCUUUGUUUGAUCUAAAUUUCAUCAUUCAGCUGUAACAUUCAAAAUGUACCAUCAGGAGCUCCUUGUACAUAUCUCACUCCUCUAUGAUCUCCAGUCUAAAUCCUGCUCUACCAGUAUGAAUUACUUCUUUUCCCUCUUUACUCUAAACAAGUCCGGUGAUAUUCACCCUGUCUCUUCCCUCAUUAAGUUAUUACAUGGGUGGAGGGCUCACAUAUGGCCCACUAUGUCUUUUUUUUUAAUAAACUCAAAUGUAUGGUAUUUUCAUUGUCAAUUGUUAAUAAAAGACUUGUACCUAG